GUGGCCAGCCUGCGCGCCCAGCUCGGGGGCGCGCCGCCGCCGCCGGCCGCGCCGCCAGCCGCGCGCGAGGCCACCCCAGACGGACACCCGCUGGGCCUGAGGGGCGGCAGCGCGGGCGCCGCGGGCGUCCUCGCGGACCGCGCCAGCCCGAUUACCGAGGCGCAGCUCACGGCCAUGGCGUCUCGUGGGGCCACCGCGGUCGUGAUGAUAACGUGCAGGCGGCCGCAGUACCUCCAGAGGGCCAUGGGCACGCUGUUGAAGGCUCCCCGCGACGCUGCUCUCUUCCCCAUCAUCAUCUCCCAGGAUGACUUCGACAUCAGCAUGACUCAGGCGAUCAACCAGCACUACGUGAAGCCAGGGAUUGCCUUCCACAUGCAGCACGCACACGAGGAGGGCGCCCAAGAGAUCGCCAACCAGUUCAGCAAGGCGAAGGUCACCGUCGGGUACGUUCGCAUUGCGCAGCAUUACGGUUUUGCUCUGAGGAGAGUGUUUGACGACAUGGGUUUCAAAGCUCUGAUUUUCGUGGGCCGGCCGAUAUUGAUGUCGCCCCAGACUUUUUCUCAUAUUUCGGCGCGAUGUUGCCCAUGCUCCGCUCGGACCCGGACCUCUUUUGCGUGA